AUGGUCCCCAAAAGGGUUCGCUAUGACUUCCACAGAGGGGAACAGCACACAGGAGGACAACACAUAGGAGAACCACACACAGGCAUUACCAACUGCCUCUACAUAUUUAAGCGCUUUAAAAUGGUGAAGACGAGUUCUUACAGAAGGAAAAGUAGGAGCUCUCCUAAUGGACAAGGGCAGAAGGCAAAAAUAGGAAUCAAACGGCUAAGUGCUGAGUAUGUAAAAACAGGACAACUUCUCGUUAAGCAAAGAAAGAUCAUUGCUUUCAAUUUUGAGAGAAAGACACGGAGACGCAAUUUUAAGUACUACCCAGGGGAACACGUUAAGGUUACAAAAAACACAAGUUUAGUAGCCCUCACAAAUGGGAGAGUAAAAUAUACAUUUCACACUGUGCAGAAUGUCCUCAUCGUGAAUGUACUUCCAGAGGAGUUAGGAGAACUCAGGGAAGAAGACUUAUAUAGAUACAGAACCGAGCAUGUGAGAUCGUUUGAGGAGAAUAGGAGUCUCGUUUAUCUUCGAAUGAAACAUGUGGUCAGCUUCCCUCCCAGUAAACAGACACAGUUUAGGAAGCCUCCACUCCGGCCACAGUUUUUGGCUAAGUAUGAUAUCGAGGACAAUCCGACGCUGAAGGAGGUGCCCGUGCUGUAUCACAAGCGGGAGUGA